CUCUGACCCUCGUGUCUUGUGUAUAGUUAAGCUAUAAGCUAAGAUAUGCCACAGUAGUAUCAAUCGGGUGACGGGUGACGGGUGACGGGUGACUAAGUCCGGCUCGGGCGGUAACUGCCUAGUACUACCUAGUAAGCUGAACCUCCCCCGGUCGGCACUUGUCAGUUGGGCCACCACACCAUCAUCAUCAUCAUCAUCAUCAUCAUCAUCAUCACCAUCAUCAUCUGCCCCUUUCUCACUCUUUGAAACUAUGGCUACCACUACCCCACUCACCGGGGGCUGCUUAUGCCAAAAGAUCACCUAUCGCGUGGAUCUUCCCCCCACCGAACCCGUCCCCAAGAUCAUCCUCUGCCACUGCACCAGCUGCAAGCGCUACACCGGCUCCGCCUUCUCCUCCAACCUCGUCGUCCCGGCGGCCGCCUUGGUCUUCACCACCGGCACCCCCAAGCUGUAUCUCGGCCACAGCGACCGCGGCCCCCCCGUGCGCCGGCAAUUCUGCGCGGACUGCGGUACCCCCUUCACCUCGCAGCCGGGCGACAACGACGAGAUCAUCAUCCUCAAGACGGGGACGUUGGACGAGGUCAGUCGCCUGCGCUGCGGGGAGGUGGGCCUGGCGAUUUGGGGUCGGAGUAAGGACACGUGGCUGGAUCAGAUUGGCCGGCAGGAAGCGAUACGGAGACUGUGA